AUGGAGAAAUACCCAGUUUCUUUUUACAUUGCAUGCAUUAUACUAAACCUACUGCUUGCUGUAAUAAUCAUCUUCAAAUGGGCAGUCUGCAGGAAAAGGAGGUCACUCCCUCCUGGGCCGAUUGGCUUGCCCAUUUUUGGGUGCCUAAUCCAAAUGAUUAUUAACAAGCCAACCUUCCAAUGGAUUCACAAAGUAAUGGAUGAUAUGCACACUGAAAUUGCGUGUAUCAUUCUUGGUCGGGUUCAUGUCAUUUCUGUUACUUCUCCUGAACUUGCACGAGAGUUCUUGAAGAAACAGGAUAUUAUUUUUUCAUCAAGACCUUAUUGCAUGUCUUCAAGAUUAAGUACCAAUGGGUACUUAACUGCAAUAUUUUCACCUAUGGGUGAUCAAUGGAAGAAAAUGAGGGGAGUUCUUGCUUUACACGUGCUUUCACCUGCAAAGCACCGUUGGCUUCACGAUAAAAGAAUGGAAGAAGCUGAUAAUCUUGUUCGUUAUGUCUAUAACCAGUGCAAGAAUUCUUCGGAAAGUGGUAGUUUGGUAAAUGUUAGAGUCGCAGCACGACAAUACUGUGGCAACGUUAUCAGGAAGUUGAUAUUCGGCAAAAGGUACUUUGGAAAUGGUAUGGAAGAUGGAGGACCAGGUAUUGAAGAGGAAGAACAUGUUGCUGCACUCUUUAAAAUUCUUUCCUCUCUCUUUGCGUUCAGCAUUGCAGAUUAUGUUCCGUGGUUGGAGCUUUUUGAUUUCGAUGGUCAUAAAGGGAUCCUAAAGAAGGCUAUUGGGAGUGUAUCUAAAUUCCAUGACCCCGAAAUACAUGAUAGGAUUCAGACCUGGAAAAAGGGGAUGAGAGCAAAUGAAGAGGAUAUUCUUGAUGUUUUGGUAAACCUCAAGGACCCAAAAGGUGCCCCGCUUUUGACGAUUGAAGAGAUCAAAGGACAAAUUAUUGAAAUGAUGAUAGCCACAGUGGAUAAUCCAUCAAAUGCUAUUGAGUGGGCUCUUGCAGAGAUGAUAAAUCAACCUGAGAUUUUGAAAAGGGCUUCUGCAGAAUUGGACUUAGUGGUUGGAAGGAACAGACUAGUUCAAGAAUCAGAUUUAAAUAAAUUGAUCUAUGUGAAGGCGUGUGCAAAAGAGGCAUUUAGACUCCAUCCAAUAGCACCUUUCAACGUUCCACAUGUAUCUAUGGAAGACACGACUGUAGCUGGAUACUCUAUUCCAAAAGGUAGUCACGUAUUAUUGAGUCGUACAGGUCUUGGUCGAAAUCCGAGAAUAUGGGAAGAGCCUUUGAAGUAUAAGCCUGAUCGUCACCUCAAAGAUGAUGCCUCUGAAGUUGUUCUUGUUGAUUCUGAAUUGAACAUGUUAUCGUUUAGCACUGGAAAGCGAGGAUGUGCAGGUGUUGUGCUUGGUUCUACCAUGACCACAAUGUUAUUUGCUAGACUUCUUCAUGGCUUCACUUGGAAUGCCCCACCUGAUGAGCCAAUUAUUGACUUAACUGAGUCUAAGUAUGAUACCUUGCGUGCCAAGCCAUUGUUUGCAGUAGCAAAACCCCGGUUGUCUUCAAACGUUUAUCAGCAACUUCAAAAUUAA